UGUGUGUGUUCCAGACCUGAAUGGUUCCUCAGAUCAUGUGAUAAGACACAUUUUCAUCUGAUCACUCAGAAGAUGACAGAUAAUAUACACAUGAAAGCUCCUCUCUUGAGAUGUUGAUUGGUUCAGUUCAGAUGUAAAUGGAAGGAAAGAGUCAAAGGAAGUGUUUUUCUGCAGCAUCACCUCGAUGUUAUCAGUGUUCCUCUAAACCUGCGAGAAACCGUAAAAGACAGAAACCACAGCAGCCAUACGAAGCUUCUGCUCUUUCCCAGUGUCUCAAACAGCAUAUGAGAAAAUGAGCGGCAGAGGAUCUCUGUGUGUGUUGAUCUGUGUGUUCUUCUUCUGUUGUGCUUUGAAGAGUGUUUUCAGCAUUCAAGAGCUCACGGUGACUGGGAAAGACCUGAAGGAUUGUGGGAAGCAGAAGAAUGUGUGCGUGAUGUCCAGCGCUGACUGUCUCGCAGCAUCAGAUGUUCUCACAGCAACACCUGAGAGCUUUGUGAACAUGUCAUGCCACUAUCUGGUCCACGAGGAGUCGUUCACCUGCAGAUGGAUUCAGAUGAGCGAAAUCCGAACGGAAACCGUCAGCACCUUCAUUUUCAGACGAACUGAUGACGUCUACUGUCCUUCCAUUUUAAAUUUCUUUUCACGUUUCAAUUUAACCAUCAAAUCAAAGAGUGUCAUCGACCAGAAAGAGCAGUUCUCUGAUGUCUAUCCAGUAUACAUGGAGGAAAUUGUUCAGGCUCCUCGGCCGGUGAUCAUGUCUGUUAACGUCACAGACUCGUCAGUCAACGUCACAUGGAACAGCGGGAUAAUAACAGUCACUAAAUGCAGAAUCCGCUACAAACAUCUCAACACAGAGUCGUGGACAGAGACUGCAUCAAACGAGUCUCCGUUCGUGAUCGAGGGUUUACAGGCCUUCAGCGAGUAUCGUCUGAGCGUCUCCUGCGCUCAUGAAUCCGGCCGGUGGAGCGACUGGAGCGACGAGACACGAGUGAAGACGUCAGAGAGCUCGCCGUCUGCGUCUCUCUCGCUCAGUUAUUAUGUGGCUUCAGAUGGAAACUCUGGGGUUCGGCAGCUGCUGCUUCUCUGGAAGGCUCUGGACGUCACAGAUGCUCGAGGGCUCAUUCGAGGGUAUGAAGUGUCCUACAUGCCCAUCAAACAGCCCUCUCUGAAGAAAACCAUCCACACCGCUGAGCUCAAGGCAGUUGUUCUGGUAAGGGCAGAGGAAUAUGAGGUGACCGUUUGGGCCUUUAACAGCGCCGGACACUCGCCUCCCCGCCGGCUCCGGGUCGAUGCGUCUCGUUCUCACGAUGUGCGGUCAGUGAAGGGUCUCUGGGUUUAUUCUGAAGGCUCUUCUCUGCGGAUCCGCUGGGAUCGUGACUUCAGUGCUGUAAACGUCAGUGAGUUUGCCAUUGAAUGGAGCGCCGUGACAAACCCCAUCCGGAAACACUGGCAGAGAGUCGACGGAUCCACGUUCACAGCCCGUCUGACAGGCAUCGAGCCGGACGAGAACUACACCAUCAGCGUGUUUCCCGUCUAUGACUCUCUCUGUGGGCCUCCGACCUCCAUCUCUGCCAGUCUACAACACGGCGCUCUGUUGGAUCUGGACCGGUUUCGUCUUGUGAACGUGACGCAGUCGUCUCUGGUGGUUCAGUGGACGUGGAAGGAGGCGAAGCCGCGAGUAAACGUGCGUCAGUACAGGCUCGUGUUGGAAGGAGCGCAUGGAAAGGAGUCUCUCUCAGUCUUUCCAGAUAAACAGCAGCACACGUUCGACCAGCUUCAUGCAAACGCCAAAUACUCAGUCUACAUACAAGGAGAAACUACGACCUGGAACUUCUCAAAGGCCAGUCUGGACGUCAACACACCACUGAUAGAUUAUGAUGAGAUGAUGAGGUUUGCUGUUCCAGUGGUUCUCCUGCUUCUCAUCUUUGGGAUAUUCUCUGUUUCAUCAAGGACCAUAUUCAGGGAAUAUUUCUUCCCUAUCGUCGCCAAUCCGAGGUACAGUCUGAUCGGACGCUGGCUUCUCAACCCACAUCUUAAGGGCAGCGGCAAGAUUUGUGUGCUGAAGCUGGAGAGUUUGUUCCAGUUCGACCAGCAGGAGAAGAACUUCAUACAGGUUGAACGUCGCGUGUCUUUGAUAUCAGAACAUGAGGAGGUGAUUCCAUCAAAGAUCUCUACAACUGGUGAAGGUACAACUCUGUGGAAACCCAACUCAGACGCUCACGCUCCCUUCAGUCUGCCAGAGUACGUCGAUUUACCCUUACUAGCCGAUAAUUCAGAUUAUGUUCAAACUGGACAAAUUUCUACCGUAGUUCAUCUCUCUGAGAAAACAUCAGACUGAAAUCUGCAUUUUCUGACGAGUGCAGCUUUCAAUCUCAUCUGAAUUGACUCGACUGCAGUUUCUGAUUUGUAUCAGAAGAAUCUGACACAACUUUCACUGUUUUCACGUUUGCAUUUGCAACAGUAUAAUAUACAAUAUUUAAACCGCGUGUCGACAGAAGCACAGUUCUCAACCAGAGGGCCUUAAAACCAUUUAAAAAAAGACUAUAUAGCAAAAAAAACCCAAACUUUUUUUAAUUCAUUUUUUGAGAACCAUGAUUCCCAAUGGUGUUUAUUCAAGGAAGCCUCAUUUUAAAAGUGUGAUUUCUUGACCUGGAAAAGUCAUGGAAAUGAAUAAAAUGGCAUUUUUAUAAUGAAUACACAUUUUUCUAGUUAUGCCAAGGUCUAAAAUCUUUAAUCAGGUAGAAAUUGAGAGUAAAAAUAAUUUAAAAAUCCAUCCUUAAUCCGUAUCCAGUGAAAAGUCACAGGGUCUUUGAAAAUUGUUGUGGACAAACAGGUUGAGAACCAUUUCAUAAACAUGAUUUAAGGCUCCAAAUAAAGAAAUUGCUGAAUUCUAGAAGGAGAUGUGUGAUGAAAUAUAUGUAUUUCACAGUUACAGUGUUGUGUAAUGUCUCACAGUCAUGGUGCUUCCUGUUUGCAACAGUGUAAAUCAUGUAUGAAUCAUGUAUGAAGCAACAUGUGUACGCUAAAACUGUAUGAUUGUCUGAAUUUCAAUGUUUGACUUUAAGCUUUUCUCAUGGUAAAUCGUUUAAGGACUGAAGUUUAUUUGUAUCGCACUCUUCAGAAUUCAUAUAGUUUCAUAUAGUUCAUAAAGCAGCUGCACAGAACAUGUUUGUUUGAGUGUUACAGUAUCAGUCAGAUGUGUGUCAAUGUAACGUCCACACGGCGGCGAUGUCAUGUAUUCAGUGCUUGUAAUGAUUACAAUAUAAGGAUAUAAAACA